AUGUCCUCGGUAUGUCAGGCAGCCGUUGGACAAGCGUUCCCCUGGCAUCUGUCCUCACAGCUACUUCAAUCGCUUCGGACAGCCUCGGGACGUGCCAGUACAUUAAGCUCCACUUUGAUGCUAUCUGCCAUGGCCGAAGCUUUGGCUUGGUCCAGGGCCAUGCACGUGUACGUGUCGACGCAACUUCCAGGUAAUCUCGGCAAUCUCAUCUGGUCCAAUGCAGCGAUGGUGGCAAAUGGAAGGGUCAGCCGCUGGCGUGGUGUUCUUCAAUUACUUGGCAGCACAAGAGAUGCCACCAGCUAUCAUGAAGCAGCAUCUUCCUGCGAACUAGGUGGUCAGUCCUUGCUUGGCCUCGGCCUGCUUUCAGAACUUCAAAAUUGGACCUUGCGCCGCUUGCGCGUUGGAACUGCCUGCGGGAGCCGCAGCGUCUGA